GGAGCUGAUGCAGCGAUCGAGUGACCACGAUAAGACGAAGAAGACGUGCAAGGUACAAAAGUGAUAGUGAUUUUUGCGAGAGGCUCAGAAAAAAUAGUGGAAAAUACCGUAAAUUGGGUCGCAUUCCCUCGAUAUUAGUUGUUACUUUUUAGCACUAAAACCCCCGGAACCCAGUGCCGCCGGAGAGGAUCCAGAAUGUUCACAGUAAACACACAUCAGCACCAACUGCUCUUUCAUCUCUCGCAAAUCACUCCACGCCAUAGUAAUAUCGCGUUCAAGAAGCAACACAGACAACAUGCUCCCAAUCAACAGCAGCAGGGAAAGGAAGCUUCCUACCUAGCUCAGCAGGAUCCCUUCCUGCCGCGGUUCAAGCAAUCGUUGGUGCAGUUCUAUACCGAUAGCUUCCGGCAAUCGAUCGAACAGCACCCGACGACGACGACGACGGCGACCGCCGCCAGUAGUGUUGCACCGAAACCAAAUGCUGCGGAAUUGUUCGAGCUGAAACUACCUCGUAGGAUUGAGCGUAGCUUGCUGAAGCACUUCAGCAGCAUCCGGGUGACGACCAGUGGCCGCGAGAACGUUCCCUGGAGCAUAAGUCUUACGCCCAAGGCGCGUAAGGGCAGGGAUCCGGGACAGCAGGAGACGGUCUUCUUCAAUGGGCAAACGGUACAGCAAAUUGUGCGGAGCUUGCUCACCCAGCACAGUAGCCACAAUAUGGCCUGGGUUCAGCAGCGAGGAUUCAAAACGGUUCGUUCGGUCAGCGCCGAACAGAAGCGGAAUCCCGGAUUGUUCACCCGGGUGAAGGAUACGUUGGAUCCCGAUUUUCCUCUUCCAGCUGCCCCGGCGCCGCAUAUUUCCCACAAGUACGAACCGGUUCCGUUUAAUGCGCAAACAAUCAGCCCCCAGCAGUACAGCGAACCAUUCAACAAGUUGCUGAGCGACAUCAACGACCCGACGAUAGCGGACGACCAGAAGCAACGGCUGAAGAUCGCCUUCGCCGAGGGCUAUCUGACCGCCACCCAUCCGGACCAUGCCAACCGGUCCGGCAAGGCGAUGCGCUAUCUCAAGGUCCUACAGCAGCUGCUGAUCAUCGUCGUGUUUAUCGGAAUCUUCAUCAGCCUGUUCGUUUCGACCAAUGGGUCCGUUUUUAGUAGAAUACAAAUGGGCAACCAGGUGGAGGUGGACCCGGAGGACAUUUCGGUAACGUUCGAUGACGUUAAGGGUUGCGACGAGGCCAAGCAGGAGCUGAAGGAGGUGGUUGAGUUUCUCAAAAAUCCGGACAAGUUCAGCAACCUGGGCGGAAAGUUGCCGAAAGGUGUCCUGUUGGUGGGUCCACCCGGUACCGGAAAGACACUGUUGGCACGUGCCGUGGCCGGUGAAGCUGGAGUUCCAUUCUUCCAUGCUGCCGGACCGGAGUUCGACGAGGUGCUCGUCGGCCAGGGUGCUCGCCGCGUCAGGGACUUGUUCAAGGCAGCCAAGGAACGGGCUCCGUGCGUCAUCUUCAUCGACGAAAUUGACUCGGUUGGUGCCAAGCGUACCAACUCAGUGUUGCAUCCGUAUGCCAAUCAGACCAUCAAUCAGCUGUUGUCGGAGAUGGAUGGUUUCCAGCAGAACGAAGGAGUCAUCGUGCUGGGAGCCACCAACCGGAGGGAUGAUUUGGAUCAGGCUCUUCUGAGACCGGGUCGUUUUGACGUGGAGGUGGUUGUUCCGACACCGGAUUUCACCGGCCGGAAGGAGAUCCUCACCCACUAUCUAAGCAAGAUUUUGAGCAAGGAGAUCAACAUCGAUCAGCUGGCGAGGGGAACGACCGGUUUUACCGGGGCCGAUAUCGAGAACAUGGUCAAUCAAGCUGCUUUGAGGGCGGCAAUCGACGGGGCGGAAACGGUGACGAUGAAGCAUCUGGAAAAUGCCAGAGAUAAGGUACUUAUGGGUCCGGAGCGUAAGUCUCGUCUGCCGGAUGAGGAAGCCAACCAAAUUACGGCGUACCACGAGGGAGGGCAUGCUAUUGUUGCCUACUAUACUAAGGAAUCCCAUCCUCUGCAUAAAGUGACAAUCAUGCCGCGUGGUCCUUCGCUUGGCCAUACCGCUUACAUCCCGGAGAAGGAACGCUACCACGUCACCAAGCAGCAACUGCUGGCCAUGAUGGACACGAUGAUGGGCGGCCGGGCGGCUGAAGAACUGAUUUUCGGAGCCGACAAAAUAACUUCUGGUGCCAGCAGCGAUCUGAAGCAAGCGACAUCGAUCGCAUCGCACAUGGUCCGCGACUGGGGCAUGUCCGAGAAGGUCGGUCUGCGUACGAUUGAAACGUCCAAGGGUUUCGGUGCUCCGCAGGAGGUCCUCUCGCCAUCGACGGUCGAGGGAGUCGAUAAUGAAAUCAAGAAAAUUUUGAGCGACAGCUAUGAGCGUGCUAAGACCAUCCUGAAGCAGCACGCCAAGGAGCACAAGGCCCUCGCGGAAGCGCUGCUCAAGUACGAAACGCUGGACGCCGAAGAUAUCAAGGCUAUCCUCGGUGGCGAGAAGCUUCCGGUGGAGGAACACUGAGACAAAAAGGAAUUUGACUUUGAUUAAAUAAUCUGUGCAAAAACGAUUUGUGAAACAAUUGAAAAAAAGGAACAUAAUGCACCCAAAUGCGGAUUAAAUCUCCUGCUGUAUGAUUUUAGGAAUAUAUUAUAAUAAUUUAUAAUUAAUCGCAGCUUCCUACCUUGUCGUUUUAACAGAAUGAACCGAACCUUUUUCGAAAUAGGCUUAGCAAGAUAGUUGUACCAUAAGAUUGUUAUAACGUGCGUAACACACACACACUAAUAAAACUAUAAAUCUAUGCAAAAUAAAGUAAACGACUGCAAAUGGGAAGCUUUGCAAUGUCCUGAUGUAUCUGAUUUUAGGAUGUUUGGAAUUUAUAAUUUUCAGAGCACCUCCUGAGCUGAGCUGAUCGGAAAGGAAACUAUUCCACAAAAAAAUGAAUAAAGAUUAAAAUGUUAGUUGAUCAA